AUGGCCAUGUAUCCACCCUUUCAUAAAUACGUCACUCGAACAUAUUUUAUAUUGUUUGCCGUGUUGGUGAUAGUUCUUCCUCUAAAUUAUUCGUUUAAAAAGAAACCAUCGGUUAAUCAAAUUAUCAUCAUUUAUGUUCUAGUCGGUUUUUCUUAUUUAGUUUAUUGGGUAAGAUUAAUUGGAUUUGGAGGGGACGAGAUACUAGUUCGCACGAAUUGUUAUGGUGAACGCAUCAAUCUUCCUCGUUCAGAAUAUGGUAAUAGUAGUCGAUUAGAUCCUACAGUCCUACAGUCAACAACAAAUAUUUCUACAGGAACUUCAAACUCUUAUCCAACGUUUGCAAACUAUCGAUUCGCAAGUAUUCGUGAUAGAUUACGACGUAUCGCAUCUAAUCGUAGUACACAAGAUGAUGAAGACGCGUACAAUGCCAUGACUCAAACAUCUGUUGUGCAAGUUCCUCCACCUACUUAUGGUAGUGCUUUGUCGAGUGGUGAAGGAUUACCUCCUCCAUAUCAAUUCAAAACCAAUGAGAUUAGUGAGAAUGAAAAUCAGUUAGAGAGUGUAAUUAUCUCUAAUGCGUCAGCACGCACUUUAAGACGAGAGUCUUCCUCUGUAUCAAUAUCGCAAAAUAAUAAUCGAUCACCGUCAUCGUCAUCAUCUUCACAUAUAACAUCAGCAUUAGAAUUAGCAAAAAGAACAAUUAUUCGAGCUUGGUAA